GUGGGAGUCGUGCCUACGGAACUACUGGCGCAGCCCCCAGGGGGACAUGGGGACAGGGGCUUGAGCUACCCCAGAUGUUUUCAAUUAUUUGUUUUCGGGAAAAAUAUAUUAUACGCCUACAUCUCAAACAACUAACUCAAAUAUAAUCUUAGAUCCCAAUCUCCAGUUGGAGGACCUUGGUUGUGGGACUGUGCGGAACACUUGAUUCGGUCCUGGAAACUGCGGCUAUUAAUUAGUAGGAUGGGCACAGAAUAUCAAUCCAUAUAACGACCUCGAAUCUAAAAGCAAAUGGGACCUGCUGUCACGAAGAGGAAUCGUUAGAACAAAUGGGCUGUCCUCGAUAUCACCACGUAAACGUUGUGUACACAUACCUGAUGAAGUCCCUUGUGUGGACCUGGAAAUUCAAGAUGUCCAAACAACACAGUGAAUUAAGGCACUGUGUGGACUUGCCCGGAUUCGCACACGGCAACGUUACCCCUCUCUGAAAACGACUCGGAGGCUCAGGUGCAUCGUGGAGUCAAACGCAACAACAAUAGUCAAGGAAUCUUUCAAUGACUAUCAGCCUCUCUACAAAUAAAAUGGGUAUUUUCAUUGAGACUGAUCACUUCAAAUGCACAGAGGAAUGGCCACACUAGGUAUGCAACGGUAAAAGGGGGUGAGUGCAUUCAGGCACUCACGUACACCGUGACAGUGUUGACCUCCGCACAUAAAAAGGUCCACCUAAAGCAGGGUUGCAAGAUGGGUGAGUCAGGACACACGUUGCACGUCAUCAAUGCAGUAUUUUCCCCUGAAAGACAAAUCCUGAGGUAUUUGGGGGUCAGGGUUAUCUGUGGCAGAGUGAAGAGAAACAUUUCAAUAACUAUCAUCACAAAUCCAGCUGGAACAAAUUAUCCUAGCGGGAGAAAAAGGAGCAUUUCUCUGAGGGCUCCUAACUACAGAGAAAUAAAGGAAUGUCCAUACUACAUGGGAGCAUGUUACCAUGUUUAGAAUUUUAAGGUAAAAAUUAAAAGUACCUGCAGUGUAACUUUGCUGCCCUCUCCCAUGCAAGCACGGCCCGAUUGUGGUGCGCCCCCAUUAGACACGCAUAAACCAGUGGCUUGCGUGCACGUCGUCAUUUUUCAGUGGGCCUCGCCUUUUGCGUCCGUCCGUAGGUCUUUAGGUUACUACACGCGUAUGUUAUACGUUCACACAAAGGGUUUAUCCGCCAGUACGUACACUUCAUUUCAGCAGGAAAUAUAUUUUCAAGUAAAACAAAGCCCUUUUCUAGGUGACUGGGAGAAACACGGGUGCUUAGUGAAGGCCUAAGUCAACUGCUGAGUGAAAGGAGUCGACAUCUCUCUCUAUUGGAGCCUUAAUUUACUGUGAGUUGGAUGAGCGGCGGUUUUGACACCGAUAGGACUGUGGAACGCAACAUAAUAGUGUGAUCCCCUGCACCAACUCAACAAAAUGCCUGUAACGUUACGCAUCGGUCUCAUUGUUGCGACAAUCGUCAUCGCCCUGUUUACUCAGCCGACUCGUUCCCAGGGAACAGACCUUACGACGAUUCCUGAAUCAUUUGGUACGGCUGUAGUGGAAGCCACGGUGGGACAGAUCAACCGCCUGGUCGGGGUCAACAGCGACCUGCGGGCAGACAACAGAUUCAUCCGGCGCAUCGCUUGGGUGGAAACCACCGACGGCACCGAGGCGUUCACUUACUCUGACCACAGCUACCACGGGGGAAUCUGGCGAGUGGACCGCUACGCGUACGAUGCCACCGUAGCCAUGUACAACAACCCGCGAUACGCAUCUGUCUUUGAUGACAUCAAAACACUGAUGGACAUCAACUGGAGCCGAACCACGUGGGAGUAUUGCCGAAGACCGCUGUAUUCGGCACUCGCUGCUCGACUGUACUUUCACAGUCUACAACCAAAUGUCCCUCAAGUACUGACCUCUCAGGCCGAGCUUUGGAGGAAUAGAUAUCACGAUCAACCGUCGGAUACUGUUGAAAAUUUCAUCAGCAAAGUGGAAGGACUCGAAAGUGAAGGGUGUGAUGUCAAACAAAUAGACCUUGUCUUCGUGUUGGACAACUCAGGGAGCGUGAAGUCUGAGAACUUCGAAAAGACCAAGAACUUUGUUUCGCAUGUCGUGGACGCCUUCGAUAUCGGCGCUGACCGGACCCGCGUUGGAGUCAUUCAGUAUUCCAGUAGUGUUACAAUUGAGUUCCACCUGAACACUUACUCAAACAAAACACUUUUACAGCAGGCAAUUGGAAACAUUCAGUACAUCGGUGGUGGUACGCAGACUGUUGCCGCUCUAAAUGUCACGGCAAGUCAGGCCUUUCUUGUAGAGAACGGAGCACGACCUGACCUCAAUGCGGUAUCCCGCGCAGCAGUCGUCAUCACAGAUGGCCGGUCACAGGGGCCUGCAGCCGUCGCUGUACCGGCAGACCGGGCCCGAGAGAAGGGCAUCGCUGUAUUCGCCAUCGGGGUGACCAACAAUGUGAACAUGGAAGAGCUGAAUGCCAUCGCUAACAAGCCAAACGACACCUACGUGUUUCACGUCAGCAAUUUUGACGCCAUUGACAACAUCGUUGCCUCUCUUGAAGAGAAAACAUGCAAUGAUCCGGCCCCUAUCCGUGGACCAGUGGUCAACAACACGCUGCUCCGGGGGGACACGCAAUUCCUGCAGCGGACCGUCCCCGAGGAAGGAGUCACCCUGGCCAUCGAAGCUGAUCAGGGCAAUGUGGUCAUGUACGUCUCCAUCACCACUCCCAACCCCAACAAGGCGUUUCACGACUACGUUCUGGAGGCAACGGAGGGGCAGGGCAGGGUGGAAGUCUUCAUCGGACCCGAGGAAUUCUUGAAUCAGGGAAACCUCUCAGUAGAGACGAACCACGGUGGCGUCCAAAAGCGAGAGGCGCCAGGACGGAAUGACAUUGACGAUAGCUCCCCCAUCGGCACGGUUUAUUUGACCAUAGAGGGUCUGCAGGAGACCAACGCGUUCUUGUUGAUGGUGACAGAGGGUGACGUCACCGAGCCAAUUCCGGCUACGGCCCCUCCCGCGAAUGGAUGCGUUGCUGUUAAGACUGCAUAUACGUUGUACAUCGGCGUUUGGCUGACGUCAGCUCUGGCAACGAAAUCUGCCCUCUUCUAGACUGCAUGUUAGCUGCAAAUGGUAUUAAAACGGCUAAAUUAUCCCGAGUGCCCGGUAUGGGUACAGGAAUAGAAACGGAAUAUUUUUUUUUCUUAAAAGAAAAAAUCUUGAUGAGUUUCGAAACCAAACACUAAACCAAUAAUCUCUAAAAAACAAAUUGAGUUGUAAAACCUAGCGAUAAAAAAUUUAAAAUGGCCAUGUUUUGGCUAAUUUGAUUUCCCUUUCAGUUCCUUUCCCGUUGUGUGGAAGUAUUUGAUUUGGAUUAGACGCAAUUUCAAGUUUUUGGAUUUGGAGUGUUUAAGUUGCAGCACAUCGCAUGUAUAAUAAUUGCUUCCCUACUCAUUACUCUAGGUCCUUCCAAAAUCAUUUCCGGGAUAAAAUGAUAAAAGAUUAAAAAUAAAGUAAGAAACAUCGUACAUAUACUAAAAGCUCAAACAAAUAAAACAAAAAGAAAAAUAUUGUUGCACCCCAGGCAAAAGAAAUGCACCGUUAAAGUUGCUUCUUUUUCUUCCUGUUUAUUUUGGAGCAAUGGAAAAUUUUACGUACAUGUAUUCUCUCACGCCUUGACUAAAUGCAUUACAUCAAAUUAAAUAUCUAGCUGAGAUAGAAGUGUUUUCAGAGAAGUAUAAAGUACGUGAAUGCAACCUUUACAUCAAAGGCACUGAUUAAAGAAAAUUGGGCAAUUGCAUGCGGUGUAAAGCUGAAGACUGGGGCAAAUCACAAUUGACGAAAAGUAACAGAACAAUCCCCGAAGAUUUUCACUUCCUAUGCACAUGGAAUACCUGGCAGAAGGGUUAACCACAUCAUUGAUUUAGAGCGAGAUUUGAAGUACUUCAGAAGCUGGACCGACGCUUUCCUAGUAGGCCAAUACUUCCUGUUAAUGUUAUCUGUUACUCAGAAAGGAGUUUUAUUCAUGCUCUUUCAUUUUCAAGUACAUGCAAAAUUAUAAUAUUGUAAUCAUA